GUGGCUGUGGUCCACAAACAGACCAUGUGAUGUGUUUGCGCGCUGCUUUCAGACACACCUGAAGAACGUGCAGAACUGUAAGCGCCUGAUUAAGCAGCUGGAGAAGCAGACAUCUGCGAUGGUGGAUAAGAACGCCGCUCUUGACACACAGUUGGCCAGCAUGCAGAUCACAGCGGCUGAAAGGAGGACCAUCUAUCACACCAUAACCAUGGAGGAGAACCAGGAGGCCGAGGCAGAGCAGCGCUACCAGGAGAUCUUGGAGCGCAAGCGUCUGGUGGAGCUGGCCAAGGAGCAGGCCCAGGACGUGGCAGUGCUGCGCGCAGAGGUGGAGAGGAUGAGGAUGAAGACCUUCCCCGCACUUGGCCAGUUCAAGCACAGCUGA